AUGCUCGCAAACAAUCUUGCCGCCGGCGUAGUGCUGCUGGUUUCGAGCGCCGCGGCGCUCCCAACCAUGAGCCCGCUCGAGUACGUCAAGCGGGCUGUGAGCCCAGGCGUGAUCAUUCAAAAAUGCACCAACCCCGGGAUGCUCGCUCUCGCGUACGACGACGGUCCCUACACGUACACGUCGCAGCUUGUCGACAUCCUCGACAAGGGGGGUGCCAAAGGCACCUUCUUCUGGACGGGCACUCUGUACGGAUGCAUCUACAACCAGGCCAACGCCGUCAAGAAGGCUUUUGCCUCGGGCCAUCAGGUGGCAUCGCACUCAUGGUCCCACCAGCGCAUGGGGAGCAUGAACGCCAACCAGAUUCGCACCGAGAUGACGCGGGUCGAGGAUGCGCUCGUCAACCUGGUGGGCGUCAAGCCGGCGUACAUGCGGCCCCCCUACCUGGACACGGGCGGCCAGUUCCUGUCGACCAUGAAGUCGAUGAACUACAAGGUCAUCACCAACGACAUUGACUCGGGCGACUGGAACAACCGCUCUCCGCAGCAGAGCCAGCAGGAGUUUCAGCGGGCCGGUGCCGGCGGCAUGGGCCACAUCCCGCUGAUGCACGAGGUCUACCCGGGAACCGUCAACACGCUGACGCCGUGGUUGAUCAACUGGGCUAAGCAGAAUAACCUGAAGCUGGUUACUGUUGCGGAGUGCUUAGGCGACGCCCAAGGCAUGUACCAGCCCGGAAACUUCACACCGACCACCGGUCCAUUCAGGUGCUAG